CGCCGCUCCAGCGCCGAGCCGGGAGCCGGGGAGUGGAGAGCGCCGGCUGAGGCUCCGCCGACUCCUGCCAAGAAAUUCCCCGUCUUUAUGCCGUGAUCUCCCAGCCCGGCCAGGCACCGGGGGCGCGGGGUGGGGUGGGGGGGACUGCGGGCUCCCCCCAGCCCUCCCGCCCGCACACCUCUUCGGGGGGCUUCCCCUCCUCCUUCCUCCGGGGCGAUUUGUCAAACUUCCCCCCUCUUCUGCCAGCAGCAGCAGCAGCAGCAGCAGCAGCAGCAGCAGCAGCAGCAGCAGGGCUGUCCUCUCCUCUGUGCCGCCUCCUCCUCCUCCGCCGCCGCCGCCUCCUCCUCCUCGGCAUCGUGUAUGCACAGCAACAAAAAAUAUAUCCCCAACCCAGCCCUCGAGCCGAGGCUGGAGCAGCUCACCGGAUCUCUGGGGCUGAAGCAACUCUUCCCACCCCCGCGCCCAGGCAGCCCCCCCUCCGCCGGCCGCCAGAGCUCAGCAUGCCGAGGAGGAAGCAGCAAGCGCCCCGGCGCGCAGCAGCCUAUGUUUCAGAUGAACUAAAAGCAGCAGCACUGGUGGAAGAAGAUGUGGAACCUGAUGAAAAUGCAGUUGAUGGGGAGCCUUCAGCAAAAUACGCAUGUCCAGAAAAAGACUUCAGUAAGAACUGCCAAAGCUACCAAAACUCUCCAGCAGCUGAAUUUUCUAGCCAUGAAAUGGAUAGUGAGUCACAUAUCAGUGAGACAAGUGACCGCAUGGCAGACUUCGAGAGCAGCUCCAUCAAAAAUGAGGAAGAGAGCAAGGAGGUCUCGAUACCACUGGAAGACUCUACUGUAUCUGAUAGUUUAGAACAAAUGAAAGCUGUCUAUAAUAACUUCCUCUCCAAUUCCUACUGGUCCAAUCUCAAUUUGAACCUUCACCAGCCGAUUUCGGAAAAGAACAAUGGUAGCAGCAGCAGCAGCAGCAGCAGUAGCAGUUGUGGAAGUGGCAGCUUUGACUGGCACCAGACUGCUAUGGCUAAAACACUGCAGCAAGUUUCUCAGAGCAGAAUUCUUCCUGAACCAAGUCUUUUUAGCACAGUUCAAUUGUACAGACAAAGCAGUAAGCUUUACGGCUCUAUAUUUACUGGAGCCAGUAAAUUCCGGUGUAAAGACUGCAGUGCUGCCUAUGAUACUUUAGUAGAAUUAACAGUGCACAUGAAUGAAACAGGACAUUAUCGAGAUGACAACCAUGAAACUGAUAACAAUAACCCCAAAAGAUGGUCCAAACCUCGUAAACGUUCUUUGCUUGAAAUGGAAGGGAAAGAAGAUGCCCAGAAAGUUUUAAAGUGUAUGUACUGUGGUCAUUCAUUUGAAUCUCUUCAGGAUUUGAGUGUUCAUAUGAUCAAAACAAAACACUACCAAAAAGUGCCUCUGAAGGAACCUGUUACACCUGUAGCAGCAAAAAUUAUCCCAGCUACUAGAAAGAAAGCAUCACUGGAGCUUGAACUUCCAAGUUCUCCAGAUUCCACAGGUGGGACACCAAAAGCAACAAUCUCAGAUACCAAUGAUGCACUUCAAAAGAAUUCUAAUCCCUACAUUACGCCAAAUAAUCGCUAUGGUCACCAGAACGGUGCCAGCUAUGCCUGGCACUUUGAGGCGAGGAAAUCUCAAAUUCUGAAGUGCAUGGAGUGCGGAAGCUCGCAUGACACUCUGCAGGAACUCACGGCUCACAUGAUGGUGACAGGACAUUUUAUUAAAGUCACUAACUCUGCCAUGAAAAAAGGGAAGCCAAUUAUAGAAGCCCCGGUGACCCCAACAAUAACAUCUUUAGUAGAUGAGAAAGUCCAGUCUGUGCCCCUUGCUGCCACCACUUUUACGUCUCCAUCCAAUACACCUUCUAGUGUUUCCCCUAAAUUAAACGUUGAAAUAAAAAAAGAAGUAGAUAAAGAAAGAAGCAUUGCUGAUGACAAAAUGAAAGACAAAGAAAAGUCAAGUGAAGAUGAGGAGAAGUAUGAUAUCUCCUCAAAAUACCAUUACUUGACUGAAAAUGACCUGGAAGAAAGCCCUAAGGGGGGAUUAGAUAUAUUGAAGUCUUUAGAAAACACAGUUACAUCAGCUAUAAACAAAGCCCAGAAUGGCACACCAAGCUGGGGUGGCUAUCCCAGCAUUCAUGCUGCCUAUCAGCUGCCCAAUAUGAUGAAGCUGUCUUUGGGCUCAUCUGGGAAGAGCACACCAUUAAAACCUAUGUUUGGAAACAAUGAACUAGUAUCUCCAACUAAAAACCAGCCCUUGGUGUCUCCUCCAAGUAGCCAGACCUCACCUGUGCCAAAAACAAACUUUCACGCCAUGGAAGAAUUGGUAAAGAAAGUCACUGAGAAGGUGGCUAAAGUAGAGGAAAAAGUGAAAGAGCCUGAAGGAAAGCUUUCUCCAAUGAAGCGUGCAACACCUUCUCCAUGCAGUAGUGAAGUCAGUGAACCCCUUAAGAUGGAGUCCUCCAAUGAUGGUGGCUUUAAAAGCCAGCAGAGCAGCCCAGUCCCUCAGAGAGAUGGUUGCAAAGAUAGUCCAACUGUCGAAUCUGUGGAAAAUGGGAAGGAGCCUGUUAAGUCUAUUGUAAGUUCUUUAAGUAGCAGCACAGCUAUCAUUACUGACCACCCUCCUGAACAGCCAUUUGUAAAUCCAUUAAGUGCACUGCAGUCUGUCAUGAAUAUUCACCUUGGGAAGGCAGCAAAGCCAUCUUUGCCUGCUUUGGAUCCAAUGAGCAUGCUGUUUAAAAUGAGCAACAGUUUGGCAGAAAAGGCUGCAGUGGCCACCCCACCUCUACAAUCCAAAAAGCCAGACCACUUAGACCGUUAUUUUUAUCAUGUCAGCAAUGACCAACCCAUAGAUUUGACGAAAGGCAAGAGUGACAAAAGCUGCUCUUUGGGUUCAGCGCUUUUGUCAUCUACAUCGACAUCUUCUGCAUCUUCUUCAUCUACAGUGACAACAGCAAAGACAUCUGCAGUCGUGUCAUUCAUGUCAAACUCGCCGCUACGCGAGAAUGCCUUGUCAGAUAUAUCUGAUAUGCUGAAGAACCUGACAGAAAGUCACACAUCAAAAUCCUCCACACCUUCCAGCAUAUCUGAGAAAUCUGACAUUGAUGGUACCACAAUAGAGGAACCAGAAGAGAGUACACCAGCUCAAAAAAGGAAGGGACGUCAGUCUAACUGGAACCCUCAGCACUUGCUCAUAUUGCAGGCCCAGUUUGCAGCUAGUUUACGGCAGACUUCAGAGGGUAAAUACAUCAUGUCGGACUUGAGCCCUCAAGAAAGAAUGCACAUUUCCAGGUUUACAGGACUUUCAAUGACCACAAUUAGCCACUGGCUGGCCAAUGUGAAAUACCAGCUCCGAAGGACGGGGGGAACUAAGUUCCUUAAAAAUUUGGACACUGGGCACCCAGUGUUCUUUUGUAAUGACUGUGCUUCACAGAUCAGAACUCCUUCAACUUAUAUCAGUCAUCUUGAAUCACAUCUGGGUUUCAGGUUAAGAGACUUGUCCAAACUGUCCAGUGAUCAGAUUAACAGUCAGAUAGCACAAGCAAAGUCACCGUCGGAAAAACUGGUGACAUCCUCUCCAGAGGAAGAUAUCGGAACUUCUUAUCAGUGCAAACUUUGUAACAGGACUUUUGCAAGCAAGCAUGCUGUUAAACUUCAUCUUAGCAAAACACAUGGGAAGUCACCAGAGGAUCAUCUUCUGUAUGUUUCGGAGUUAGAGAAGCAGUAGCAUUUGCUUUUGAUUAAAAUAACUAAUUUGCUUUGAGGAAAACUGUCAAAGACGCCUUAAAGCUACUGUUUAGUUCUUGGCACAUGUUCUUAUUUUAACUCCAGAGUCGCUCUGGGCUGAACUGUUUUGUAUAACUGUACAGUGUUUAAAUAGAGGUGCAUAAUCAGCUGUUGUUACUGGUAAAAUAUGAAGGUUAAAAUGCAGUGGUAAGUGUUUGGAAUUUUGUGUAAAUUGGAUUUAGUUGCUGUGCAUCCCUCUGAUGCAUCAAGCUGCAUGCAUUAACUGACAGUUUAAUUACGCAUUUAUAACUAAUUCUGGUGCACUUUUUUCAUGUGACCUAAGUGUGCUGGUAUUUCUCACCCUAUAAUCUUUAGCCCUCUGAGUACUUUGAAGCACUUUUGCAUUAAUUUGGUAAAAAUGUGUGGAUAUGGUUUUUUUAAACCCUUACCAGCUUAGUUCCGGUUACUAAUAUGAACCUCCAUUUAUGCAGAGGUGUCUCACACCUUGAAAUUUAAAAACAUAAUUUUCACAUUGAAACAUAGAUGUAUAUAUUGUAUAGAUUUCAAAAUCUCUUAUGGAAAAUGUGAUUGUGGUUAAUGCCAUUUUCUUUUUUCUUCAGCAUUUUUAGCAACAGUGGGUUCUGUACCUGAUAAAACCCAGGUAUAAACUGUACCUAUAUAUAAUGUAUAUUUCAUUUUUUAGAUCAACGGUUUUUCCUUUAACAUCCAAACAUUGUAAAUUAUAAGAUGAAAGAUACCACAGAUAGCAUUUAUAAAGUAUUCAGAAACAUUAUUCUUAAAGCAAAGUAUGUUUUGUUUUGCUAUACAGUACAUCUAUAUUAGUAGAGGUUCAUGUUUAAAUUAUACAUAUUUAUUAGUGUUGCUAUCAUUUGUUUGUAUUUGGGUUUUUUUUGUUAAACCAUCUGAAGAAACAGAAGCCACGGACUGCAUUCCUGGCAUGCAUUCUAACUGUUUUGCACAACAUGACUUUUAAAGGUAUUUAUUAGUAAAAAAAAAAAAACAAACAAACAAAAAAAAAAAAACCAAACAAAAAAACAAAAACACAAAAGAAAAAAUUCAAAAUAAACUCAGUGCUCAAAGGGUUAAAUCUAUUUGAAAAACUUGUACUGUAUUUCCUAAACAUUGAUAAAGCCUUUAAGAUGUUUGUACUGUAAUACUUUGCUUAAAAAGUUAUGAGGCAUUCUGUGAUAUAACCUCUUUUACUUAUUUAUAAGCGCCCUUUGUUGUUAUUUCCUAUUGUAGAAUGCCUUUUUAUUUCAAUUGGUAACUUUCUGUUUUGUUCUGCCUAAUUAUUCUCCCAAGAUUCCAUACUGCAGCUUUAUCUUUAGGCAUAUGAAAGGUAACCCGUGGUUACCAUCACACUAAGUGAUUCUGUUCGUCUCCAUUUUUGGCAGUUAAUUUGCAGAAGUAACUGACAGCUGACACCAUAUGAGAAUCUACGUAUAAAAUAUUGGCAUGUAAACAGCACAGACACUGUAAUGCACUCUGUGCCCUGUUUUGUUGUUGACAAUGAAGCACCAUUAUAAGACUCUUCAUAUAACCUUUUUUUCUACAGCAGCAUUAAAAUCGUCUUUUUGCUAUAAUUUUGUGUUGCGUUCACAAUUAUGUCUGAAAUGUGCUACGACUAACGAGCACAUUAAAAUUAAAUUGUAUGCUAUCUGUUUAUGACUGAAGCUUGAGUAGGUUUCUUCAUCUGCCAGGUGCUGGCAGUCAAAAGCUGCACAUAAAUCAGUGGAGUUUUAGUGAACUUUAGCAUUUAAAGAGCAGGGCAGCACUUAUUCAAAGGCUGCAUUAACACUUUUUUUUUUUUUUUCUCCUCCCAGAAAAGAUAAAUGAGCAUUAUAACUCCUUUUUAAACAUCAGGUAAGGCUGACUGUGAGGACGGGGUUUAUGAGCAACGUGUGGCAAAGCAAAUAGGUGUUCUGCUGUGCUGUGUAUUCAGACCCAGGCGGAUACUGCUACUCGCACACCUUCCCGCGGAGUGUAUUGAGUCUGCAAGUUGCACUGGUGGGUAUUUCAUGGCUUAGAAAACCCCUCUCCAUCUACCCAGCAUUUUCAAAUGACACGAGUAGGAACCUGAGACUACUGACUUCAACUUUGUGUUUUUGAAGUGAGUCCUCUCAUGGCCCUAUGUGCUGUUGAACAGCAUUCGCAGCAGGUAGUGAGGGGAAAAGGAGAUGAAUAAACAAAUGCCAGACAAACACAAACAAGCGGGAAUGUUUGAUAAUGACAGACUUUUACUGGGGUUGACAGGUCAGUCAGUCAAAAUUAUUGAAAACAAUUUACGUCUCCAAAGCACCUGUAUUAUAGUGCAUGUAUAUAAUGUCUUUUGCCAGUCAGGUGACCUCAGAGUCUGGAGAUGGUUACAUGGGAUCAAAACCACCACUACAGCGCUUAAUCAUGUCUCAAGUAAUAACUAGCAUCCGAAUGGCAAAUACAGCGUUUCCUUUCUUUAGGGGGAAAAAAAAAAUCCACUGUCUUCCAGUAAGCAACUAAUUAAAUCUUUGGUCCCGUUCUCCUUGCCUUUUCCUCUUUCCCUUUCCCUUCCCCUUCCUCUUGCAUUUUUCCCUUCCCCUUCCCCUUGCCUCUUUCCCUUCCCUUUCCCUUUGCCUCUUUCCCUUCCCUUUCCCCUUGCCUCUUCCUCUCCUCUCCCUUUCUACUCCCUUUUUCUCCCCUUUCCUUUCAUUUUCAUCUUUCUCUGUAAUAGUAAAGGCUAGCACCAGAUCUUCAAAAAUUGAGUGUUCUGUUCAUCCAAUAGUAAAUACUGGUAAGCAGACCUAGUGAAUGGGAUUAAUGAUGAGGGCUCUGGUUUUUUUCCUCCUCUUGGCACAGUUGUAUCUGAUUUUAAGGUCAUUUGUGUGUCAAUGUUUAUGUCCUCAGCUCAAAUUCCAGCAAUAAAGCUGCAGCAUGCUGUUGUGCCAGUUGACUGUCCCAUCCCAGGAGUCCCUCUCAGUUAGUUGGGAGAGGCAGCUUUAAGGAAGCCUCCUGGGUGGCUGUCCACACUUCCUGCAAAUAGAUGAUCUCAGUCUAAAUGCAGCCAAACAUUUUACCUCUACAGCAGAGAAUUCCUCCUUUGAAAAUUAUAACAGCUUAAAUAUAGUAUUUGGUUGCAAACCAGAAAUUCACACAUAAGGAGACUGGCAGAUUAUUGCAUAUAUUGUCAAUCAAUGUAUUUUUAAGAUGCACCAUUGACUUACAAUAGUAAUGCUAAAAACUCUGUACCCAACACUCUUAUCUGGGAUGCAGGAGACAGAGGGACUUUUUAUAGGGCAAGUGACAAGACAAGGAGGAAUGGCUUUAAACUGACAGAGGGGAGAUUUAGAUUAGAUGUUAGGACGAAGCUCUUCCCUGUGAGGUUGGUGAGACACUGGCACAGGUUGCUCAGAGAAGCUGUGGCUGCCCCAUCCCUGUCAGUGUUCAAGGCCUGGUUGGACAGGGCUGAUCUAGUGGAAGAUGUCCCUGCCCGUGGCAGGGGGAUUGGAACUCUGUGAGCUUUAAGGCCCCUUCCAACCCAAACCAUUCUAUGAGCCUAUGACUACAGAGCCUUUUGCAGUGUUCCUUCUAUUUGUUCUUAAAAUACAGACAAGGGGUCAAUGGUUGCAAACACUAAAUGCCACUGAUGAUAGAACUGCACCUAAUCUGGGAAAGUCAGUUCCUGGGCCUGACUUCUCCAGGUCUCAGUCUGCAGUGAGGAGAUAGACUAGGUAGAAAUUCAGGGAGCAACCAUACCUGUUAGUAUGCUCCAGAAAUGACUUUUUAGUAUGUUUUUAAAAUAUGCUGGAAACUUUGCAAAUGAAUGGCUAGUCAGGAUCUGCAUAUCCCAAAUUUAUUAAAAUAAAGUUCAGCUUGCAUUUCAGAGCCUUGAGGACUGGCAUACCAAUGUGAUUUUACAUUAUAAAGAAUUUAGAGAAUCAGUGAACUAGAAUAAUGUUCUUUUCUUCCGUACGCUGAUAUGUAUAUUGGCAUGGUAACUAUUAGUGCUAACCAAAUCACCAACCUAGCUAUGUUAAGAUAAUUUUUUUCCUAUUAGACAAACAUGAAGGUAUGGAUGCUGGCUUUUAAAAUAUGCCUCCGAAUUCUGACUUUUGCUUUGCAUUGGAUAUUUUAUUUAGAAAUAUGCAGAUUGAGUGAGAGCAAAAACAAAAUGCCUGAAGAAAGAGUUUAAAAAUGAAAUUGUGAUGGGGUGGGAAGCCUUUAAAUCACAGGUGUAUAAAGGUGACCCUGGUCUAACCCCACCCAAGUAGUGGCUUGUUGCAGCAUACUGUAUAUCUUCCAGCCAUCACAUUUACGCAGUAUCUUAAAAUAACAUUUGUGAUAAAUGUGCAAUUUAACUAAUUUAUGGUGCUAUGAUGUGCUCAAGGCUACAUGCAAGAUGAAAAUCUUAAAUGGAGCUUGAACAGCUCACUUCACAACAAGAAAUCAAUAUGCCAGAUCUUAGAGAGCUGUUCGCUGGAGUCAACAUUUAGCAAAAAAAAAAAUAAAAAAUCAGUGGAUGUAUCUUUAAGUUUUAGUGAGUAAGAAAUCUAUAAUUAACUGAAAUAUGAUUUUCAAGCUAGUGUCCGGAACUGUUUCUGAAACCAAAAUCUUUCUAGGAUCUUCAUUACAUUUUAUUUUUGUAUUAAAAUUGAAAGCAUAUUGUUCUAAUUAUGCAGUUGCUUUAGUGGUGAACACUAUGCCCAAUUUUUUGUCCAAACCAAGGCAGAUUAGUGUUAGCGAUAUGGAAUUAUUUGUCGCAUUUAAUGUGGCUAUGUACCUUGCUAUAGAAAGCUAGACACAAAUAUGACUCUGCAAUUUAUGACAGCAAAAAAUUUGGCUAUACUUUGAGAUUUAAAAACAUACUGGCACAUAUUGAAGGGAAAAAUCUUCUUUCUUUAAUUUUGCAAGUUCUUAUUUCAGCUGCAACAGAAAAGAAGUAGCCGGUGCAAGUGGAACAGAGGCAACUGAUAACAAAGCUAAAUUUAAUUAAUAAAUUUUGUAUUUUAAAAUAUGCAUCCCAAAAGCCGUAUGUAUUUCCUAGAAAAACACCAAAUUAUUACAAUUAUUUUUGUUUGCUUAGUUUGGGUAACUUCUUGUUACAAGAAUAUACUGGAGCUUUGCUAGGUUGUCUGUUACCCACACUGCUCCCUGUGGAAAUACAGGGAAUGCUCAUGAAACUAGAAUUUCUGAAGCAAAAUAGAAAAAAAUAAGAGUUUCAAGAUGACUCAGCUGUUAAAAAGUCACUGGAUUGUUCUCUUAGCAAAGAAUGAAAUAGCUCUUAAUACUUGACUGGACAGGUACCAGUUUAGCAGUGGAAAUACAAAUGUGUACCUCCCUUGAGUAUUGCUAGUAAAUACGUACAAUCUCCAGCAAAAAACUCCAGUAAAUUCUUUUCUCCUUGGACUUUGUGCCAAAUGUGUCUCCCAGCCCUUGGCUGACCUGUUGAGGUAAAUGAGAGAACAACUAUAGUCCUACCAUCUCGGAAUCUGGAAGUGGCUGCUGUUUGCGUUGAGUUCUCAGUAAUUAUCCAAUAAUAAUGAAAAGCUUGUGUAUGUUGAAGGCUAUGAUGCUAGAGCCCUCAUUGAAGAGUAUUUGCAUAAGAAGUCAAUUUUCUGCCAGUGAAGGAAAAAUCAGGGUCAUUUACGGAAUGGAGCAGAAUUAUGUAUUAACACAUCAUUGUGCAUGUCUGAAAGCGCUGGAAUGAUCGGUGAGGCUACAAUCUGUUUUCAGGCCUUGGUUUGGGGCAAUCAUUUUAACUAAAUGUUCAGCAGGAAAAAGAUGACUUAAGUUUUACUAAUCUGUAGCUCAUGUGCUGUAUUCAUUAUCUUGUAUGUACACAAAUACAGUGGUGGUGGUACAUAAAUUUGUUUUUUACAUGUAAAAUCAAUUUUCCUUUAUACUUAGUAUCCAGCUUAUGUGUCAGGGCAGUGUUUUGUUUGUUUUUCAGCAGUAUAUUAUGACAUGUACAUGGGACACAUUAACUUCCUCAGCAGCUGUUGCUUGGUUCACUUUGCCUUAUUUAUAGCUUGAAAUGCACUUCUGGUUAAAUAAUCUUUUAAGAGAAUUAAAAUCAGAUGGACUUAUUGGGGAUAAAUGUAUAUGUCCAGACUACUCACCAAGUUUAUGUAUAACCUUUAUUGAAAUGAAAAUACACAACUACAAACCAUACUUGCAUACCAGUGUGCCUAUUUUUUUAUUGUGGGAGCACUUAAAAAGUGAAAUUAAAAGUCACAACCUAAGGCAGAUAUACCAAAAAAUUAAAUCUUGAGUAACAACAUAACAAGAUAUUUUCUGUAUACAGUGGGUUUAAAAUUCUUAGCCUGUUUCAAGAAAUAAAAAAAGGUUGUAGAGCAAGCAAAAAGCAAGAAGCUCCACCAUCAGCCAGGAGCUGGGGCUGACAGUGGAGCUCUUUAUGACUAACAGGGAUGUCUUCCACACCUAAGCUAAAAUGCUUGUGUGCCCUUCACGUCACCCACUGGGUUUCUUAGUGUCACAUUAGGGUAAGGAUAUGCGUUUCUUCCCUGACACACUUGAACUUUGCAAGUGGUGUAGUGGACUUUGUAAGCAAAUAUCGAGCUAAUUUUCUUACUUCUUAUCUCUUGAUGCCUGAAGUAAGGAAUUUGGUUGCAAGGGAUAUGAAUUUCAAGUGAUUUGGCAUUGUGUAAAAGCCUGUAUUAGACCUGUCAGCCCUAUUGCACUCCCUGUGGAGAAGACAGUGUCGAUUUGUUUUGUUUUAGUAUCAAAAAUACAAAUGGGGAGAAUCAAAAAUAUAAAUGGAGAGAGAGUAACUUUUAAACUUCAGUAUAAAGUAACAAUAAAAAAUACCUCUUUAUUAACCUUCAAUAUACCCAUUCAUUGUGCAUGGUAGGAAACUGGGGAUAUGUUUAUAGCCAUCGCAAUUGUGAGUUAGUGACCUUUCUAGCCAAGUGAAAUGAAAUGGCUUGAAAAUGGAAUUCUUUUUAAUUGGCAUGUUUGUAGAUGGUGGGGAAAGGGGAUUUGCUAAAGCAUGUGUGUAACAUAAAGCCUGUGAGGAACUGUGAGAAAAGCUUGAAGCCUGAGCUCAGAUGUAAACCUGUGCAGAGAAUGAGGUAGGUGUGUCAGGAAGCAGAGUCACAUUCUCAGCUUUUUUUCCCUAAACUGGAGGUACAGUCACUGCAGUUACGCCUCAGUGACCAUGAAACCGAGUCGGCAGAAGCUGAAGGACUCCGCUCCUGAAAGCCUCAUCAGGACUUGUCAUCGCUCUAAUGAAUAUCAUUUAAAUUGCUUUGUAUAUUGGUGAAGUUUGGAUGUCGAUUUAAUUUGUGCAUGUGUUUGAGUUCUUCUGCUUGGCUAGGCUAACAGAGAGCAACAGCCUAAUGAAAAGUGAGUUGGUGACAGCGUGAUGAGCCUCAACCCAAUCAAAUGUGUUUGAAGGGCUGUUGUGACAGAGAUCUUAAAAGUAGAUCUAAGAAAGGGGAGUAAUGCUUCAGUUCAGUGCAAUUGUUUCAGGCUAAGAUCACUGCUUUUUGUACCUCUGAAUGGCUGAAAUUUUUCUGUGUGCACUCUGGCUUGUAUUAAAACAUGAAUUCCUCACAGGCUUGUGUUUAAAGGAGCCCAAAAGAAUGGGCUCCCUCUAUUAAAUGUCUCUGGUAAUUACUGGAGUUAAAACACCA